AUGUCGACAAUCACUCCCCCAGAAACGAAAGAUGCCGUCAAGCAGGCGUUGGCGUCAGAGUCAAAAUCUGCACCGGUGCGCUACCCGUUCUGGUUCGGUGGAAGCGCAGCAUCCAUGGCUGCGGUAGUGACACAUCCUCUCGACUUGGUCAAAGUGCGGUUGCAGACAAGACUGCCCCAUGCCCCGAAGACAACCCUCAGCACCAUCACCUAUGUCUUCCGCCAUGAAGGCGUACUCGGCCUAUACGCCGGCCUGUCUGCCGCGCUCCUGCGACAAAUGACCUACUCCACCGUGCGAUUUGGCGUGUAUGAAGACCUCAAGAGGCGCUUUGCACCACAACCGACCCCGGAGAACCCUAAGCCGCGGCCGUCUCUCUUCAGUCUCAUCGCCAUGUCCGGCAUAUCUGGCUGCCUCGGCGGGAUUGCAGGAAACCCUGGCGAUGUGCUGAAUGUGCGAAUGCAGUCUGAUCUAUCAAAGCCGCCAGAGGCACGGCGGAACUACAAGCACGCCCUUGAUGGCCUGAUACGCAUGGUUCGCGAGGAAGGGCCCGCAAGUAUCUUCCGUGGUGUGGAGGCCAACUCGGCGCGAGCAGUGUUGAUGAAUGUUGCGCAACUGGCCAGUUACGACGCUUUCAAGCAGAUAUGUCUACAGCAGCUGGGCAUGCAGGACCAUCUGGGGACGCACUUUGCAAGUUCGCUUGCGGCCGGGCUUGUGGCCACCACCAUCUGCUCCCCGGUCGAUGUGAUCAAGACGCGGGUCAUGAGUGCGCAUCCUAAAGUCUCCAUCCUUCACCUGUUGAGGGAGGCGAGCCACAAAGAAGGUCUAUUAUGGGUUUUCCGCGGGUGGGUGCCCAGUUUCAUUCGUCUCGGCCCUCAGACAGUCUUCACUAUGAUAUUCUUCGAACAGCACAAGCACCUGUACAGGCAGUGGAAGGGGAUCGAAGAGUAA